CCCAACUAACUACUACCACUUUCAUGCCACCAUGUUAGACGCGAGCAUCACUCCUCGCGCACUUCUCGAGCAUCUGUGGAUGACGGCAGGCCUCCCAUAUGACUGUAUCGCUGCCUUGCAAGUGCGCCUGCCAGCGCCUGACGCCGGGCCCAGCGUGCCUUCGACUUUCAAGGUUGGCUUGCUUGCGCAGGCCACCAUCGCUGCCGUGGCAUGCGCUCAAGUGCUGGCGGAGGAGCUGCAGAGUGGGCCUGCAAAAGACCUACUUGCGCGCCUCGAGAAGCGAGCAAUAAGCGUUGAUCAGCGAGAGGCAGUGCUCGAAUUUGCGAGCGAGAAGUAUACACGUGAGUUGAGGUGUCGGCGUCGAGCACCCGCGUCUUACCUACAUCAUCGUCGCGUCUGCACAGGCAUCGCUGUUGUGGAUCGUGACGACGAAGGGUCCCAGAUGGGCAGAGUGUCCUCGGAACUGCUAGCAAAGUCACAUCGCAUCACAUCAUCGAAAGCCUUCGAUGCACUCGGUCUUCCUCGCGACGGCUUGACGGGCGAAUGGGACCCAUUAGCGGGCGUCUACCCUUGUCGCGACGGCUACGUCCGUCUGCACACCAAUUUUCCCCAUCACAAGGCCGGACUGCUGCGAAUUUUGGCCUUACUGCCCUCCUUGCCACCUUCGUCUCAGCUGCGGCAGGUAAGGCCUGUAGAUAUAAAGCCAGAAGUACAUGCCGAGAUGGAGGCCGUCCAUCGUUCUCACGUUGAAGAGGCUCUACGCAAGUGGGGUAAGCUGGAGUUCGAGCGCAUGGCCCAGGAGGAGGGAAUGUGCGCUACGGCAUUUCGCUCAGAAGAAGAAUGGGAUCGGUCGGAGCACGGCAGGAGGACCGCGGCUGACGCAGCCCUGCACGUCGAGCCGAUCAAUUCGGAGGGCGACUCAGACGACCGAGCUCAGCUGUCACCGCAGCAAGGCCCUCUGAGGAUCAUCGAUAUGAGCCGAGUCAUCGCGGCGCCUGUUGCUGGUCGUGCUCUCGCCGUACAUGGUCAUACCGUGACACUCCUGUCAUCGCCUCGUCUGCCAAACCUGCCGGUCCUGGAGGCAGAUACGAUGCGCGGCAAGCAGACCCAUUGGCUGAAUCUCGACGACGGGCUUGGCCACGGGAAAGUCGCGCUCGAGCACGCCCUUCAGAAUGCAGACGUCCUACUGCAGAGCUAUCGCCCGGGAGGUCUGGCAUCUCGAGGCUUCGGCGUUGACGACGUUCAUCGCAUUCGACCGGGCCUCAUCUAUGCCUCGCUGAGCGCCUACGGUGGCGACGACCGAGAAGCUCCCUGGCACCAGAUACGCGGCUUCGAUUCGCUUGUACAGAAUGCUACGGGAAUCAAUCACUCUGAGGCGCUGGCAUUCGAAAGCUCACAGGGUCACGAGAGCAAGGUCAAUGUGUCCCCCAAAGCGCUCCCGGUCCAAGCUCUCGACCACGCAGCUGGUUACCUCCUCGCGCUGGGUAUCCUGGCCGCGCGCUGCCGUCAGCUCCUGGCAUUGGGCAAAGAAGAGAAGGUGCGUCCCCAAAUCAGCUACACCGUCCGGGUAUCAUUAGCCGGCGUAGCUCGACUGUUGCGCAGCCUGGGGCGCUACCCUGCGGAGGUGGCCUUUGCAGCCCCAGCUUUGCCAUCGUCUACUUCUCCUCAGCUUAUGAUCGAUCACAUGGUAGCAACUCCACUGCGCAGCACACUCGAUAGCCAUCGCAACCUCCUGUCCCUCGGUGUCCGACACGCUGCAAAGAUUGAUGGCAAAAGGAGAAGGUGGAGCUCGGCACCUUCCAAGCUCGGAAUGGAUGGACCCCUUGCUGCCGGGCCGGAGGGCUCGGCGUCGAGGCCGAUAUGGGUGUCGGAUGCAGGGGCGUGAGAGACAGUGAUCUCCAAUGCGAUGCGAUGUGUCACCAUUACCUGCGCCGGUCAUCGUAUUCGUCCGGAUGAUGUCGUGCGCAAUCCUUGGCCAGAUGGAGGCGCUGCGACGCCCGCGAGGGCAAGGGGUGGCACGCAGCCCUUCAAUCCAUCCUAUUCAUGCAUGCAC